CGAGGAACUCGAGAAGAUGCAGCAGCAGCCGCCGCCGCCGCACGCGAUGGGCGCGGCGGACUCGGACCCGAACCGCCUGGUGGCCAGCGAGGAGGAGAUGCUGCGUCUGGCGCCGCAGCCGCACGAGCGCGUCGUGUACUGGGGCUCCGGCAGUCCGCAGGCGUGGCGCCUUUUGAUCGCGCUGGAGGAGAAGAAGCUGCCGUACCGCAGCGUGUGCGUGAGCUUCUCGAGCGGCGUGCUGAAGACGCCGUUCUUCCGCGCGCUCAACCCGCGCAUGCGCAUCCCCGUGCUGGUGGAGCCUGCGGAGCUGCCACCACCAUCAGAGGACGACAAGGACGACAAGGACACGCCCAAGAGCAAGGUGGCGGAGGCCGCCAUGGGCAUCUCCCGCCUCAUGACGCAGACCACGUCGCAGUACCGCACCAUCGUCUACGAGUCCGGAGCCAUCCUUGAGUACCUCGAGAAGAAGUACCCGGAGGCACCAUGCAUGCCGGCGUCUCCCGCGCUCUACGCUGUGGCGCAGUCGCGCCUGCACGAGGCGAACGAGAUUUUGUCGGUUGUGGGCGACCUCGUGGUCUACCUGCGCCGGUUCCCGCAGGAGAAGCGCAACCCAGCGAUUGUCAACGCCAAGUGGGCAUCCGUGGAGAGCGAGCUGAGUCUCUGGGAGUCGUACCUCGAUGGUCACCAGUUUCUCGUGGACCCGGAGGUGCCGUAUUUGUGCGAUUUCACGCUCUUCACCAACGUCGCCUACGCUGUUCGGUGUGGGCUGCAGCUUGAUGGUCUCUACCCGCGACUGGCAAUGUUCUACGUGCGGUUGUGCGCCCGCGCAUCGAUUGAAACGACGUGGCCCCCGCACUGGCGAACAACCUUCGGCUCUAAAGUGCUUACCAAGACAUGUUGUUACUGCGGCGGCCGCGCAGACCAGCCCUGCGUCUGUAAACAGCGCCCGCCGAUGCCGCCGGCCAUGGUUCCGCCGACGUCAGUGCCCACCACCCAGCAACCAUCGUGAUACACUACACUAGGACAAACUGCCAUCGAAUCCAAUGACUCUGCGUUCUGAAACCUACGAAACAUGAUGCAGACGUACAAAAAGUAGUGGACACAGGACCUUCGCAGCGAACACUGGCCUGCAAAAUUACGUUAGUCGUUCGGAUUGAUCACCUCU